ACCCCCAACCCUCAACGAAGAAAAGGACACAUCGGCCCUGGCCCACCGGCGCCCGAGAAAGGAGGGGAGAGAGACCUCCGUCCCACGCCCAGGACCACCCUGGAGGGAGAAGCCGCCCCACGGCCGGCAGCCCGCCCCGCCGCCGCGGAGACCUGAAGCCAUCUGGAGCCCAAGGCUGCCUACCUUCCAUCUUCUGCCACUGUCCUUGGCUUGUGCACGUGCCCUGCACUGAUUCUCUGCCUAGGAAAAGACCAUGCAGCUGGAGAUCAAAGUGGCCCUGAACUUUAUCAUCUCCUACUUGUACAACAAGCUACCCCGGCGCCGGGCAGACCUGUUUGGGGAAGAGCUAGAGCGGCUCUUGAAAAAGAAAUAUGAAGGCCACUGGUACCCCGACAAGCCACUGAAGGGCUCUGGCUUUCGCUGUGUCCACAUUGGAGAGAUAGUGGACCCUGUGGUGGAGCUGGCCGCCAAGCGGAGUGGCCUGGCAGUGGAAGAUGUGCGGGCCAACGUGCCGGAGGAGCUGAGUGUCUGGAUCGACCCUUUUGAGGUGUCCUACCAGAUUGGUGAGAAGGGGGCUGUGAAAGUGCUGUACUUGGAUGACAGCGAGGGCUGUGUUGCCCCAGAGCUGGACAAGGAGAUUAAGAGCAGCUUCAACCCUGAUGCCCAGGUAUUUGUGCCCAUUGGCAGCCAGGACAGCUCCCUGUCCAACUCCCCAUCACCAUCUUUUGGCCAGUCUCCCAGCCCCACCUUUAUCCCGCGCUCUGCCCAGCCCAUCACUUUUACCACUGCCUCCUUCGCUGCCACCAAGUUUGGCUCCACCAAGAUGAAGAAGGGCGGCGGGGCAGCAAGUGGUGGGGGUGUGGUCAGUGGUGGGGCAAGUGGCCAACAGCCCCCACCUCAGCAGCCUCGCAUGUCCCGCUCUCCCACCAACAACCUGCUGAAGCACAAGAGCCUCUCUCUGUCUAUGCACUCACUGAACUUCAUCGCGCCCAACCCAGCCCCUCAGUCCCAGCUUUCGCCCAAUGCCAAGGAGUUCGUGUACAAUGGUGGUGGCUCUCCCAGCCUCUUCUUUGAUGGGGCCGAUGGCCAGGGCAGUGGGGCCAGUGCCUGCAAUAGCAGCAGCUUCGACAUGGCCCAGGUAUUUGGAGGUGGCGCCAACAGCCUCUUCCUGGAGAAGACGCCCUUCGUGGAAGGCCUCAGCUACAACCUGAACACCAUGCAGUAUCCCAGCCAGCCGUUCCAGCCUGUCGUACUGGCCAACUGACCACCCACUUGCCUGCGGGGCCAGGAGCACCCAAGACCACAGAAAAGAAAAAGGAAAGGAAAGGCCAAAAAAAGAGGAAAAGAAAAAUAUACAAAAAGAUUUCCCAUCUUCUCACUUUCACUUCUAGAGAAAAGAUGCAGCCGAGGCAUGGAUUGGGAGGGGGGCUCCUGACGCACCUGAGUCGUGUUUAACUCAACCUCCUUGCUGUUUUCCUGCCUGCCUCUGAUUUAUUUGGUUGGUUUGGGUUUUUUUGUUUUUUGUUUUUUUUUCCUUACAUGUAGUUUUUUAUGUAACAUCUUUAAUUAGUGGCUUCCUGUGCUAAGAAUGGUCCAGAUGUGAAUUUUGCUGCUCCUUCCCUUCCUCCCUCCCUUUUUCACACACCUGGUUUAGGAUUGGUGUGUCCAAGCUCACAGGGAAGGAAGAGCUGCAGCUGGGGCCUGGCCUUCCUCAGAACAGGGAGAGGCUGUCCCAUGUCACUGCCUUUAUCACCCAGCUAUCCUCUCACUCAAAGCCAUCCAACCUCAGCAGGCCUUCUUGUGUCCUGCCACCCAAAUAGGUCUGACCCUGGCCCCCACUCCUCAGGCAUGGAUCACAGGGAGGUGCUGGCAGGCCACUUGACACCUUCCCCCGAGAGCCGAUGUCUAACUCCAGAGAGGUUAGCACUAUUGAAAUUCCUUUCAUCUCCGUCCUGCAGCCCCCACGCCACCAUUCCCACCUAGCAUCCCAAACUGUCACCGUGGCCCUGGAGAAGAAGCAGUUGACAGGUAUGGGCCUCUCAUGCAGCCCCUUCUUCCCUGGGCCUGAGGCUGUGGGUAGGGAGGUGGGGCCAGUGUGGGUGUGAGUGUGUACGUUCCUGUGCAUGGUUUGCUGUCCUGUUUUAAAGGAUUCCAAGCCAUGAAACUUCCCCUCUGGAUGUGAUUCUGGGUUGUAGCAAGUGCUUAUUUUUAUGUUUGAGGUGGGGGGAUGGGCCAAGGCAGGUUGUCAGUCAUUUUGAAGGGUUGUCCACAUGGUGGGGUAAGACGGGCUGAGCCUAAGACACUCCCAGGAAAAGAACUGCACAAGGAACUGGAUUCCAGAUUACGGAGGGAUCUUCACUUUUGUUUUUGACCAAAAAAAUGGGUUAGCUAUGAGGGGCUGAGGGAAUACCCAGCCUCUGAUGCCUAAGAGAAGUCCCUGGACCCUCCCGUUGUGUGACGUUAGCCCAGGGUGGGAGUUUUCGGUUAGUGCCUGUAGUGGGCAGUCCUGAGCCUUGAACUGAUAUUUUUUGGUCCUUUGGUUGUAGAUGUUGUAGAACAUUUUUGCCUCUGCCUGCUUGAGAACGUUUUGGUACUUCUUGCCAUCACCUUUCACUGCCCGACUCAACCCCACUGGGCCUUGAUGCUGUGAGGAGUGGUCUUCUGGGCAGGCCAGGCUUAGCCAUGGAAGCUGGGGUGUCUCAAUUAUAGAAGAGCAUUUGCUCCCCACCUCUACAGGAAGAGAAGUUGUUUCUCCCACCCAACCCCAGUGGGCCAGUUUCCAUGUCAUGAUGGUUUGGCAUGUGGGGCACAUGGCAUCAGGGCCCCCAUCACCAGAAAGUACCAAAGCCCUUGGCACCCCACCCCAUCUUCCCCGCAACCCCAAGUGGGCAACUGCUGUGGCAGUGGGUCCAGCCCAGACAGACACUGCCAGCCUCCCCUGCACUGGGCACCAGCUCUACCUCCCCCUACGGGGCAGUGCCCUGGCUCCUCAGCCCAUCACCAUUUGUCCCCAAGACUUCUCAGGGGCCAGCCCAGUCUGGGCCACCCUCUCUCCCUAGCCCUUGGCUCCCCACACAGGUGACAGGCCCAGGCUGCUCCCUGGGAAAGGUUGGAUGCUGCCUUAUGCCCCCUCCCAGAUCCUUCCUCCUGAGCUCACGCACACAGGUACCCACCAUACCUGGUCGGCUUGUUUUCUCGCCACAUAUAGGGAAAGGGUAAGACCAACCCCUUUAGUGUCUUGAAAUAUGAAGAAAAAUGUGUGUUCAGGAGCAUGACUCCAGUUCUGGGCUCUUGGGCCCAGUCCAGUCUGUCUUGUCUCAAAUCUAGGCAUUUUUGCUUCAAUUUUAUUUUUUUUAAGAAAACAGAAAAAUCUGCACUAAUUUACCUGGUUUCGUAGGAAAACUUUUUUUUUUUAUUUUUUACAUUUUUUGGUGUCUGUUUGUAUUGAAUAAUUUGCUACAUUUGUAAAAUGUAAGAGGUAUAUAUAAUAUAUGUAUAUUUCUAACGUAAAAUGUAAUUUUUUUCUUUUCAAGAUUUUUUUCUUAAAAAGAGGAGAGAAACAAAG